GUCAUGUCUAUUUGUUUGAUAUUGGUUGUGUACCUAGACCAUCUUAUAUUUUAACUUGGGCUGUGUUCCUAUCUCAGAAGAACAUACCCCUUUGGUUGUUUUCACUAAAAUCAUAUAUGGAAUUCUGCAAUUGAUUUCUUGGUUUAUUUCUGUUGGUUGAAGGAGAGGGAGUGUUAGUUUGGAGAACACUGCAUCAAGCAAUACCAGUCUGGAAGUCAUUUACUUGCAUCAUAUUGUUUGUUGUAAUAUAAGAUGGAAAUUCUUAGCAAAUUGUGAGGCUUAUAGGAAAAGGUGUGGUUGGUAGAUCAUGGAAAACGGCACACAUCUAGCUUCAGCAGAGCAGGAUUCGGCUGAAGAACUCCCAUCUCUUUUCAAAUGCUUAGCAUCCAAAACAGUAGCUGGAUUUGAUAAUAUUGAAGAGAGUGGUAGCCCAAAUCCUCAGGUUCAACGAACUGGGAUCCCAACUUCCAGUCCUUCACUUGAUCAUGUAGUAACUAAACGAACGCAAGCGACUGCUUGCCAGAGCCCCUUGUAUGCAUCUGCAGCUUUCAACUCCAAAGAGAUUCAUUCUAUCUCUACCAGCAUGCUGCCUUCCCCUUUUGGGCAUCACUUAGGAAGUACAAAAAGAGUUCUCUUCAGGGAUAGAGAAGGAGCAAGUGUCAAUAAUGGGAUUGUAGAACCUCCUGCUAUGGCUGUUGGCACUGAACAACUUAAACAGGAAAAGUAUCAUUCUCAGCCUCUGCAAUCAAGUAGUCCAAAUGUUGAAGCAGUUUCAACUGGAAAAUUCUCCAAUUUCUCUGGCCAGCAAGGAAAGAACCCAAGGAUUGAUAAGCUCAAUGGCAGAAAUUAUGAUUCUUUUAAAACUUGGUCUGGGAAACUUGAGAGGCAGAUAACACAUUUCCGGGGAAAGCCUACUAAACCUAAACCAGACGACAGUGCUAAGAAUCCUGAGAAUCAGGCUUUACCUGUGGAUCGGUACUUCGAUGCCUUAGAAGGACCUGAAUUGGAUAUGCUUAGGGAUUCAGAGGAGUCGGUGCUUCCAGAAGACAAGAAGUGGCCUUUCCUUCUCCGUUACCCAAUAUCUUCAUUUGGUAUCUGCCUUGGAGUCAGUAGCCAAGCCAUCCUGUGGAAAAGCCUGGCUACUUCUGCAUCCACUAAAUUCCUCCACAUAAGCCUGACUGUAAACCUUUUCCUUUGGUGUAUCUCUGUUGUUCUUAUAAGUAUUGUUUUCUUCAUCUAUCUUCUGAAAGUCAUACUUUACUUUGAAGCAGUCCGCCGUGAGUACUACCACCCUAUCCGUGUUAACUUUUUCUUUGCACCAUGGAUAGCAUUACUGUUCUUAGCUCUUGGAGUCCCACCCACACUCGUCAAAGACCUGCACGCUUUCCUCUGGUACAUUCUCAUGAUCCCAAUCUUCUGCCUUGGGCUUAAAAUCUAUGGACAGUGGAUGUCAGGGGGUCAGCGAAGGCUCUCAAAGGUGGCCAAUCCUUCAAACCAUCUAGCCAUUGUUGGUAAUUUCGUGGGGGCAUUGCUGGGUGCAUCUAUGGGGCUGAAGGAAGGGCCUAUCUUCUUUUUUGCCAUUGGAUUGGCUCAUUAUGUGGUCCUAUUUGUAACUCUCUACCAAAGACUUCCAACAAAUGAGACACUGCCAAAGGAGCUACAUCCGGUGUUUUUUCUCUUUGUUGCUGCACCCAGUGUUGCUUCUAUGGCAUGGGCAAGGAUUCAAGGAGCAUUUGAUUAUGGGUCAAGGCUUGCAUACUUCAUUGCUCUAUUCCUUUAUUUCUCUCUGGCUGUUCGGAUUAAUUUCUUCCGAGGUUUCAAGUUCUCAAUUGCAUGGUGGGCUUACACUUUCCCAAUGACUGGGGCUUCAAUUGCCACCAUCAGGUACUCAAAUGAAGUCACUAAUCUAGUGACACAGUCGCUAUCAGUCAUUCUCUCAGGUGUUUCGACCUUCACAGUUACAGCUCUGCUCAUCUCCACUGUCAUCCAUGCAUUUGUGCUGCGAGACCUCUUCCCAAACGAUAUUGCCAUUGCCAUUACAGGCAGAAGGCCAAAAAUAGGCAAGAAAUGGGGCCACAGGAGAUCUGAAAGUCAGGAUGCUAAAGAUAAUAAAUCUGAUAUGAAAUUAAGGAAAGACUGCAAAGACAUUGAAGCCUCUCCAAAACCAUCAGUUAGUACAGGCAUUGAUGUUUCUUGUCAGGUUACCACCCAAAAAGUAUGAUCUGGGUUGUGAUCAUCAGUACCUAUGAGGUCCAGUUGCUUUUCUUGAUUGCUUGUCCCGAUACCAGUUUGGUUUCAUCUUCUUCACUAUGACUAACUAGCAGGAUGGUCUGGAAGUUUUGGCAAUUGAGAGUAUGUUGAAGAAUACAGAGUUGUGUUCUUUGCCUGUGUAUUUUAGUCAAGAACCCUGUAGAUUCUUAUUUCUACCCCAUUUUUUUUUUUGUUAA